CGGCUUGUAAACACGCGAGCAGCCUCCGUGCGCCUGACUCAUCAUCGCGCCGCGGUAAAUACCUGUGACCUACGUGCGCUGGGACUAUACGCUACAAUCUAUUUGCAAAAAAUAUAAGGCUCUAUUAGGAAACCGGCGCUGACGCAACGCGCGGGGAAAUAUCUUGAAUAAUUAUAGCGAUCAGCUGAUAUUGACAGAGCGCGAAAACACGUGUCUCAGAUCCGCUUCUUGGAACACCCAUGAUUAAAGUUAUUUAGCCCAAAAGUUAAGUUCGUGACUCAUUAUAAAAUGACGAAAGUUAAGUUGAAACAGAAAUACUCAAGGUUCGGUUUAAUCUCAGCUAAUAAAUAUUGAAUUAAGUAAAUUUACCUCUAUGUAAAUAAACUGUGCUGUUUAUAAUAAGCUUAUCAAUUUGUGAAAAAAAUAAUGAACUGAAAUUUGUUAAGUCCUCGUAAUUAGUAACUUAAUGAUCUCUCGUAAAUUGUGAUUCAAGUUUGUCAAAUAAGCAGAAGUGUCGACGAACAAUAAAGAGGAAAAAUUGUUGGAUCAAAGCCAAACGUGAAUAAAUGAGACAUGUUUUUAUGUUUCGAACAAUAAAUUAGUCACCGGGUUAAAGGACAAACGAAGAAAGUGGUAAAAACCGACAUAAAGGUGUAUUUACAUUGCGCUACUUAAUGUAACCAGUGUACCAGCGCAUGCACCUGUCCUAAUAUACAAGUUGUAUAUACGGCUGUAUAUUUUACUACCAAUCUUUAUCACUACCCUACAAACUAUAUGACUAUAAUCUGGAGAACAAUACACGGAUUAUAUUAAAGAAGUAACCAUAGUAACACACACACGUUGGUAAAAAGCACCAGAAGCAGCAGUAAGAGGAAUGUGGGUGUAAGAUGCACCUUCCGUACGAGUCGAGAGGCCGGCGGCGGCGUGACAUGCCCGACAUGGAGCCGUGGUGGCUGCAGUCCAUCAUUGAAGAGACGCUUGGAGAGCAUCCUGACCUUGUUCGCACGGGCAGUCCAGACUACAUGUGUUCAAUGCUGCCUCAGCACUGGCGCUCCAACAAGACGCUGCCAGGCGGCUUCAAGGUGGUAGCCCUGGGUGAUAUAAUGGACGGGACACAAGUCACAGUCAGGGCUGGCAACGACGAGAACUGUUCAGCUGAACUAAGGAACAACACGGCGGUGAUGAAGAACAGGGUCGCGAAGUUCAAUGACUUGAGGUUCGUCGGGAGGAGCGGGAGAGGUAAAAGCUUUUCGCUAACGAUCACAAUAUCAACAUCACCGCCACAAGUAGCCACGUACCAAAAAGCAAUCAAGGUGACCGUCGAUGGACCGCGGGAGCCACGCUCAAAAACUAGUACAAACGCGUCUCCACACCAAAUACGAGCAAUAGGAUUCCAAAGACCGUUCAUAGCUGGCACAUCUAUGUCGCUUCGGGAUAUAGAAUACAAGUCAUCCCCGCGGCUGCGCUCGCUGUCGCACGAGGAACGAGAGUACAAGACUAACGCUAACUUGCCGCCUGAAGAGAAUACUGGCAACAUUCUGGGUGCGAGCGAGUGGAACACCGGCUACCCGUCCACGGCGACGGUGUACCCGAGCUACGCGCCCUUACAGCCGCCGUACUAUAAGCCGGAUCCUACGAUACAUAUCCCUACGGUGUUACCAGAAAUACCGCUCAGCCAUUCGGACUACAGCGGCUUCCAAUCCGGUAGCACGAGCUACGUCAAGGGCAGUCCGACCACCAGCGGCAGUCUCACAGACCUCAACACGUCCGCCAUGGCCGCCCAACGCUACGACACCAUGCCGAACAAUUACUACAACUCGUGGCCCGGCAACAGUUACAACUACCAGUACAACAACAUCAACAACAACCCCGCCUGCAUACAAUCCCACACGCCAUACAUCAACCCCAACCCGCAGAUGAUCCUCCCCAACCUAUAUUCCACAGUCAACCAAAACCAAAUACACGUCCACUUACACAGCUCUGCGGAUAAAUACAACUUAGAGCAGUACAUUCCAAGCGAAAUAAAAAUAAGUGACAUUGAUGGCGGUAUUUCCAUCACCACAGAGCUCCCUGGAAGUGGGGAAAAUAGCGGGCUAGUACAAACGUGCGAUACUAGCGACGACGUCAAACAUGGCUUAUACGCGGCCUCAAACCAAGAAGUGUGGCGGCCCUAUUGACAGUACGCUACGUUCCCCGAGAACAAUCAACAUUCCGUUGUACAUAUUGUGAUAUAGUGAACUCAAUUCUAGGUAAAUUGUAUAAUAAUAGAAAUCGAUUAAUGUUAAACAUUAAUAAGAUUGUAAGUGUUAAUAAAUGUAUUUAUAGAAAUUAAAUAAAUUAACAUAUCAAGGUU